UGCAGUCUCUUUGAGGAGAGCUGGACUGAACGGAGGAUAUAGCGACAACAUGUCCUGUCUCCACAUCAGACGGAUUUUUCUCACUCUGUGUUUGGCUCCAACUGCUUUGUCGAGCCUGCACCCUGAAUGUGAGUUCAUAUUUCAGCUGGAGAAAGAGAAGCGUAACUGCCUUCAGUACAUUAAAGAGCAAGGCAACAGAAGCUCAGAAGUUUGUCAGCCAUUCUGGGAUGCAGUUGUCUGCUGGCCUCAUGCAGUCGUGGGGGAAACAGUCCACAGACCUUGUCCUGCAGUCUUCUCCCUCUUCAGAAACAACACAGGUUCAGUGAGCCGUAACUGCACCAGCAGAGGUUGGUCCAGACUAUUUCCACCGUACGACAUUGCCUGUAGUGUGGAUGAUGACAUUCCUGAGACAGAGCAAUCGUACUUUGCCACAGUGAAGCUGAUAUACACCAUCGGCUACAGCAGCUCUCUAGCGGUGCUGGCUGUUGCUGUGUUGAUCCUGUUGCUCUUUAGGAGGUUGCGUUGUGCCAGGAACUUCAUUCACAUCCAGCUCUUCAUCACAUUUAUCCUGAAAGCUGUGGCGGUUUUCAUAAAGGAUGCUAUUCUCUUCUCAAGUGAUGACACCAACCACUGCACCCUUUCAACAUUUGCCUGUAAGGCCUCUGUUGUCUUCUGUCACUAUUGUGUAAUGGCCAAUUUUUUCUGGCUCCUGGUGGAGGCGCUCUACCUCAAUUCCCUGCUGCUUUCGUCUUUCUAUCACAGCCGUCGAUGCCUCUGGGGCUUCAGCCUGCUGGGAUGGGGUGUGCCUGUGCUCUUCAUCAUCCUGUGGAUUGUAUCCAGGGUGUACUUUGAGGACACAGAAUGUUGGGACAUCAACGAGGACUCGCCCUAUUGGUGGAUCAUCAAGGGACCAAUUGUUGUGUCUAUAGCGGUCAAUUUUAUGCUGUUCAUGAACAUCAUCAGAAUUCUCAUACAGAAGCUCAAUCCUCGGCUGAUCCAGUUUAAUAACUCCUCUCAGUACAGACGCCUGACUAAGUCCACCCUCCUCCUCAUCCCUUUGUUUGGUACUCACUACAUGUUCUUCAAUUUUCUGCCCGACUACUUCAAUGUUAACCUGCGCCUCUGUAUCGAGCUCUGCAUGGGAUCCUUCCAGGGGCUUCUUGUUGCAGUUCUCUAUUGCUUUCUCAAUGAAGAGGUUCAGAAAGAGGUCCACAUGCAUUGGCUGAGGUGGCAGGAGCGGAGCUAUGGUGUGGUGUCACCCGCUGCAAAGGGCAGCCAGAUGGACACGCCCUUCUAGUGGUGUCCUGAAAUGCUUUCACCCUCUUCCUAUAGGACUUCUGCUACCAGAACAAUCACAGCGGAUUGCUUCUGUGCAUGUCAUCGUCUCUAAUGGGCUGUGCAGUCCGCACAAUACCAGUGGUCACACACCAUUGAAGCCUGAGUCUGUACGUUUUCAUUCCAAACUCUAUGACUGAUUUACUGGCUGCACUCCUUCAGACAGAAAGGAGGCAAACUUUUCCAAUGGAGAAUGAUUCUGAAAUCAGAAUUAUGUUUGACACACACAUUUCAAGACAGAUCCCACCAAUGACAGAUAUUGCCAAUUUCAUAGGUAUUUCCCCUGGGAGGCAGUGCAAACAACUUCAGAAAGAUCAUCUUCAAGAUUUCCUUGUAGGCCUCACUGGUCAAAUUAAAGAAUGAUAAUUUUGAUAAACUGAAGUAAGAUACAAUAUAUUGAAAUAUUAUUCCAUUUAUCACCAACGCUGUAAUGCAACCUGUUAAACAUGUGAUAUUCCAGACUUUUUGUUAUGACGCUGUAGCCAAGUGAAGCACAAAUGACUUAUCACUCAGCUGACUCACAUGACAAUUAAAAUGAACUUUCAUAUUAUUAAUUGGUAUUAUAGCAUCAAAUUACAUUAAUUCAUAUCAUAUUAUUAAAUUUAAAUUCUACUCGUGCUGAGCAGUAAAAUUAGAAGCUACAGUGUGUUUUAUUUUUUGGAAUGAAAACCGGCACACUCUUGAACUUCACUGGCACACUGUUAAAAACCACUUUACUGUUUAAGUUUCAAGCCAGUGUUGCGUGUUGUGUUCUGUCAUGUUGUGUGUGUUGUACUAUAAAAGGAAUCGCCACUGGAAAACAUAUUAUUCGUUUUAAUAUCAAUAUCAAUAUAUAACUACACUGCUCACAUAUUGUACAGUUCUUUCAAUUCCAUGGUUAUAUAAGUAAUUACAAAACUGGAUAUAUGAUUCCCAUAAUUUAUGUCAUAUAAAUUAACCUGAUCGACCUAUUAAGAUAAACGUCAUAGAAAAUAUUGAAUUACUGCCUAUUUCUGCACUAUCCAGAAUCCUCUUGUUACAAUUAAGUUUCUUCUAUGUAACGUAAACAUUUGCCUUAAACUAAAUGUACGUAUGAACUAGUCGCUGUCAGACUGUUGUUUUAUAGUCACUCUUCUCUGUCGUUGCAUAUUUGGAUGUUUCUGCUUCUUGUGCCUAUCUCUGUGAUGUUUUAAUACCUUGUGACAGGUUUCUGAAAGUUAAAACCUCAAAACUUUUCCUCGGCUUCAUUAAGGCUCUCUGCAACCUCUUUCACUAAUUGAGUGAAUAAUCAUCAGCUGGCAGCUACAAAAUGUAAAAUCAGUGAUAAAAGCUUAAGCCAUGAAAGUCUACAUGGCUACGUUUAAUUCAGAUACAAUAUGUGCUGAUACUAGAACCCAUAUGUAGUCAGUUGAGUCAUAAAGGAUUUUCAAGGUAAAAACAGCGUCAAUCCUUAAGGGAAGCUAUACAAUUCAUAAAAACAAAAUAUGAGAGUAUUUUGUAAAAUGUCUCUUUUGUUUCAAAAGAUAAACCUUAAUAAAUGUUAUUCUUAAAAACAGGAGCCUAAAACUUGUCAAUUUGUCCUUUGUUAACCACAAGCCAACAUCAUGACAUUUUAGGAGAGUAAGUCCAUUUAAAUAUAUUAAUAGGUGUACAGAAUAUUAUAUCUCCAGUUUUAUUGUUAGGUUUAUUUGGCUAGCUGAUGAACUGUGAAUGAAUAUAUGCACGGUCCAAUAAAUUAUAAUGGUUUCCAAUGAGAAAAAAACUAUUAAAACCAUUAUAACCCAUUAGAUCCGUCACAUUAUAGUCUGUAUGGUUUUCCAGUAUUUCCAUUAGUCACCUGCAUAUCAAUUAUUACAGACAUUUAAAAAGUCGCAGCUACAGGCACAAAAAUAAACUACUGUUCUAGCACAUUAUAAACACAUUAUUCUUUACACUUGGGUUUGGUUUGCUGUAACUUUAGUGAUGAAUAAUGAAGCUUCAACUGCUGUUUGGUGUGGGUCUCUGGAAAAGCAUCCUGCAGUCAUAAAUGUAAUCCCUGGUUCACAUAUUUUUGGCAAACAUUUAAAUGGGUUCUACUAUAUUUCAGAAAUUAGGACAAAUGACACAUAAUGUUUGGAUAUACGACAUCUGGACAGGAAAUGGGAAUGGUAACACCAGCACUUUAACCAAACAGCUACUGUUGAGUUGCCCUUGAGCAAGGCAAUAAUACAAUCCAGUGGAGCUGCUCACUGGUCUGCAGCAGAAGACCAGACCAGGCUUAAGGUCUUUUUUUGGAGGGGAGACCUGGACAAGAUGGAAAACAAACAACAGAUAAAACAAUACUAAAAACAGACAAUAAUAUUAAAUAUUUGAUAAGAACAGACACAAUUAAAGUAGGAGGCUUUUACUGUAGAGUUUAUAAUAGUCUUAAAUUAUUCCAGAGAUAUCACAUUCAUAUUCUGCACACUAUUCCAACUCUGUGAAAUAAAUUGCAAUAAA